AUAUGCCAAAAUGGUUACCUCGUUGCUCUCGGUGAUAGAAGAGGUGGAUGGGUUUGUGUACGGGCAAGGCGCUGGCGGGUUCUACUCUCUUGUGGCCCACGACCACAAAAGCAUCCUUGGGUACGUAUCGCCUGCAAUUGCGAGAUAUUUUGCCAGUGAAACCGGGUUUGUGGUCGACGCUCUCACCAUGACCAUUACCAUAGAUACAUCGUACGACACCUUCGACAAGCGUAACCAGUUGUUUGGAGAUGUGGCGGCCCGCUGGAAACAAGUACCGUUCUUCGAGGCUGAUUUGAAGAACGGGUGGAGAGAUGAGUUCUAUACGGUUUACAACCCCACCAAUGUUCCGUAUUUCAUCGUGGAACGGGCAUUUUCCGUGCUCAUUGGCGUCGUGACCUACGGCGUGCACAUAAAUGGAUACAUAUCACCCGUCAACUCGGCCAAUGGGAAGUUGAAGAUGUGGAUUCCACGUAGGUCUUCUACCAAACCCACAUACCCAGGCAUGUUGGACAACACGGUGGCAGGGGGAUUGGGCCAUCCGUACGGGCUUUGGGAAACGGUGGUGAAAGAGUGCUUUGAGGAGGCGGGAAUCCCGGCCCAGUACGUCGAAAACCACACCAAGAGUGUCGGGGUGGUGCUGUAUUUGUACCACCCCAAGGGAAGACUCAUUGACCGAGUGCAGCCAGAGGUGGAGUACGUGUAUGACAUGGAGUUUGAAGACGAGACGACGGUGGUACCAGCGCCCCAGGAUGGUGAGGCAGAGGACUUUCGCCUCAUGGAUAUAGACGAGAUUCUUGAGCGGAUGGGAAACGGAGAAUUCAAGCCCAAUUGUGGGUUAGUACUCAUCGACUUCUUAAUACGUCACGGGAUAGUGACUCCUGCCACAGAGCCCAACUACCUUGCCAUAGUCUCACGCAGCCAUCGAAGUAUUCCGUUCCCAACGAUGUGAUAAUCAUAAUUAUGUAUGUUAUUUUGCAGCUAUUUAGAAAGUCGCGCCAAAUUUGAUCUGCCGUUUCC